UUUCUCUUUCUGUAAAUCAAAAAGGGAAGCCAUGGAAGCGAUACUGAUAGACUGUGUACAGAACAGUCUCCGCCAUUUCAUGUACAGAAACGCCAUUUUCCUUUGCGAGCGACUUUGUGCUGAGUUCCCAUCUGAGGUGAAUUUGCAGCUGUUAGCUAGUUGCUACUUGCAGAAUAACCAAGCUUACUCUGCAUAUCACAUUUUAAGAGGAACACAAUUGGCUCAAUCCCGCUACUUGUUUGCAAUAUCAUGCUUUCAGAUGGACCUUCUUAGUGAAGCUGAAGCUGCAUUAUGUCCUGCUAACGAGCCUACUGCAGAGAUUCCUAAUGGUGCAGCCGGCCAUUACCUUCUUGGGCUUAUUUACAGGUACACCGAUAGAAGGAAGAGUGCUAUUAAUCAUUUUAAGCUGGCAUUGAGUAUAGAUCCUCUACUGUGGGCUGCGUAUGAGGAAUUAUGCAUAUUAGGUGCUGCUGAAGAAGCAACUGCAGUUUUUGGGGAAGCAGCUGCUCUCUCUGUUGAAAAGCAGUAUUCACAUCAAGCAUCAGCUACCCAAAACUCGAAUACAUCCAAUGAAGAUCACAACGUGGUUCCCGCAAAGAAUUUUGGUUUAGAAGACCUCAGUUCAAGACAAUUGAAACACAUGCAAGGCAAUAACCUUAGAGAUAUCUCUGGAAAUUAUCAUGGAACAAGUUUAUUGAGUGGGGCUGCUACUCAGACUCUAAAUGGUAGUUCUUCAAACAUGUCAUUCUAUAAUACUCCUUCCCCGAUGGCCUCACAGUUGUCAGGAGUCCCUCCACCACCUCUUUGUAGAAACACGCAGCCUAAUGGACCGAACCCCAGUGCUCUUGGUUCUGAUAGCUCUCCGAGGUCAACAGUGAUCUCUACUAUUCAAGCACCCCGAAGAAAAUUUGUGGAUGAAGGAAAACUUCGAAAGAUAUCAGGCAGGCUAUUCUCUGAUUCUGGUCCCCGCAGAAGUAUAAGACUGGCAGGAGAAGCAGGGGCUAAUAUCAGUGCAAGCAUCACAGCAAUAACUGGAAAUGGGACUAACAACUCUUCAAAAUAUCUGGGAGGCUCCAAGUUGAGCUCGGUGGCACUUCGUUCUGUUACAGUUCGUAAGGGACAGUCUUGGACAAAUGAAAAUAUUGAUGAAGGAAUGAGGAAUGAAGCUUUUGAUGAUUCUCAUUCAAAUACUUCCUCAACGACUUCUACGUCAUUGGCUUCAGCUGAAGUGAAGUCCCAUGAACAAGGAGCAAAUGUACUGAUAGCUGGAGUUAUUCUAAGUGCCUCAAAAAUCACAACAGGUGCUUCGGAAAUAUUGAGCCUUCUGAGAAUUCUUGGGGAAGGUUUCAGAUAUUCCUGUAUGUACAGGUGCCAGGAGGCUCUGGACAUCUAUCUAAAACUUCCGUACAAGCAUUAUAAUACAGGUUGGGUCCUCUCACAGGUUGGAAAAGCAUAUUUUGAAUUGGUAGAUUAUUUAGAAGCAGAUCGAGCAUUCAGUCUUGCCCGUCGGGCUUCGCGUUAUAGUUUAGAAGGAAUGGAUGUAUAUUCUACUGUUCUUUAUCAUUUGAAGGAAGAUAUGAAGUUGAGUUAUCUGGCUCAGGAACUGAUAUCAACUGACCGCUUAGCUCCUCAAGCUUGGUGUGCCAUGGGAAACUGCUACAGCUCACAGAAAGACCAUGAAACUGCUCUGAAAAAUUUCCAGCGAGCAGUGCAACUGAAUUCAAGAUUUGCCUAUGCACACACGCUGUGUGGCCAUGAAUAUGUAGCUUUGGAGGAUUUUGAGAAUGGAAUUAAAUGCUAUCAGAAUGCUCUAAGAGUUGAUGCUAGGCAUUAUAAUGCUUGGUAUGGACUUGGAAUGAUCUUUCUUCGGCAAGAGAAGUUUGAGUUUUCUGAGCAUAACUUCCGAAUGGCAUUCCUAAUAAAUCCACGUUCUUCUGUUAUAAUGUCUUAUCUGGGUACAGCAUUGCAUGCCUUAAAGAGAAGUGAAGAAGCUAUUGAAAUGAUGGAGAGGGCAAUUUUGGCUGACAAGAAGAACCCUCUUCCCAUGUAUCAGAAGGCUAAUAUACUGGUGAGCUUGGAAAAACUAAAUGAAGCUCUACAGGUCCUGGAGGAACUUAAAGAAUAUGCACCUCGCGAAAGCAGUGUUUAUGCUUUGAUGGGGAAGAUCUUUAAGCGGUGUAACAUGUAUGAGAAAGCAAUGCUUCAUUUUGGUCUUGCUUUGGACUUAAAACCAUCUGCAACAGAUGUUGCUAUCAUAAAGGCUGCCAUUGAAAAGUUGCAUGUGCCAGAUGAAAUAGAAGACAAUCUGUAAAUGCUCAAGGAGUAGAGGAAACAAGAUGCUGUAAAUUAUCCGGCUUAGAGCACUUUGGCCACUGGUAGUUGGCCGGCAUGUGCUUUCGAUGAAUGGUGAAUCAUUGUUGAAGCCAAUUCACUCGUGCAACGCACACGUAGUAACUUUUAUCUAAUUGCAGAUGUUCAGAAGGUGACCUCUCAGUUUUGUAGGUGAUACGCGUACCAGCAGGAGGAAAUGCAACUAACAAGAAGCUGCCAACACUUGUACACUAAUACAAUUACUUGUGCCGUGCAUUAUCAUGUUGUGAUUUAUGCAAUCUUAUGGUUGUAACCACAUUUCUUUGAGGCCUGUAUACUGUACUUUAAGCCGAUUUUUGGAUUCAGUCCAUAAUGCAGAUUCAUUUUUCUUUGGAA